CCUUGCUACACCAUCCAACAUCCCUGCCGCGCUGACUAUAAGCUUGCAUCGUUGCGGCAGUAGCUUCAAAGCUUCCCCUUCCCACACGCCUUCGUCGGUGUCGCGCCUGUCGGCCACGCGGUCAAGCCUACCUCUGCACCUCCGCUCGAACCAGCUCUUACUGAGCUUGCCGGCCUUGCUGUCUCUUCUCCCUUUUCUCAUUGGCCCCGCAACCAGGGAGACCAGGAGCUCAACAUGUCUGGGCCUCCUCCAGGUUUUGUGGGAGUGCCCACCGGCCCCCGUGGUAGUGCUGGCCCCAGUGCUGGACCCCCACCUGGGUUCCCUGCAGGAGCAUCUCACACUCCCAGUCAUGGCGUCAACGGCGAAGUCCCAAGGCUGUCCGACGAAGCCUUGGCAGCCAAGUCGCGCAAAUGGAUUCAGAGCCAGAGUAGACGGUACGGUGAUAGGAAAGGCAAGACGGGCAUCAUCGACACUGGCAAGCAGGAAUUGCCUCCCGAACAUGUUCGCAAAAUCAUCAAGGAGCAUGGUGACAUGAGUAACAGGAAAUAUCGCUCGGACAAGCGUGUCCAUCUUGGAGCUCUCAAGUACGUACCUCACGCGAUGUACAAGCUGCUAGAGAACAUCCCCAUGCCUUGGGAACAAGUUCGCGAGGUGCCGGUUCUGUAUCACAUCACCGGUGCCAUCUCGUUCGUCAACGACAUUCCAAGAGUCAUCGAACCCAUCUAUCACGCGCAGUGGGCAGCGAUGUGGUUGGCACAGCGUCGUGAAAAGCGUGACAGAAGGCAUUUCAAGCGCAUGCGAUUGCCGCCAUUUGACGAUGAAGAGCCACCACUGGACUAUGGCGACAAUCUCCUCGACGUGGAACCCAUGGAAGCCAUUCAGCUCGAGUUGGACGAGGAAGAAGACGCUCCUAUCAUAGAUUGGUUUUACGAUAACAAGCCUCUCAUUGAAGAUCUGAAUCGUGUCAACGGACCCAGCUACAAGUCAUGGAAUCUUGACCUGCCCCAGAUGGCCGCGCUGCAUCGUAUCGGCAAGACGCUUCUCAGCGAUUUCGCUAAUGGCGAUUCCAACUACCAUUACCUCUUCGACAAGAAGUCCUUCUUGACGGCUAAGGCUCUCAACGUCGCCAUUCCAGGCGGUCCCCGCUUUGAACCGCUGUACAACGACCCGGAAGAAGACAAUGCGGAUUGGGACGAGUUCAAUGACAUUCGAAAGGUCAUCAUUCGUCAUCAGAUCCGGACAGAGUAUCGUGUGGCGUUCCCGCACCUAUACAAUCCACGACCCAGAUCGGUGCACAUUGGGGAAUAUCAUGAGCCCAGGAAUGUGUUCAUUAGGCCAGAAGACCCGGAUCUGCCCACAUUCUACUUUGACCCCGUGCUCAACCCCAUCUCUAAUCGCGGCUUAGCCAGCGCUGACGCUUUCCGUCCCGAGUACGACGAUGGGGAGCCAGUGCUUUCCCACGAGGACGAAGUGUUUGGCGUGGGAGUGGAUGGCGACGAUGAUCUUCCAGACGAGAUGGCCUUCUCUCUCCCUGACGACAUUGAGCCCUUCUUGGACGAAGAUUCGCUCACCAAUGAGCUCACUACCGACGCAAUCGCUCUCUGGUGGGCGCCAGCUCCGUACAACCUCAGAAGUGGUCGUACGCGUCGCGUGCUGGAUGUGCCGCUGAUUUCGAGCUGGUGGCAAGAGCACUCUCCCGCGGGAUUGCCGGUCAAGACGCGAGUCAGCUAUCAGAAGCUUCUCAAGCGAUGGAUCGCCAACACGCUGCACACUCGUCCACCCCAAGCCCACACGAAGAAGUACCUCUUGAAACAGUUGAAAGGGACAAAGUUCUUUCAGCAGACGACGCUGGACUGGGUCGAGGCUGGUCUGCAGGUGGAACGCCAGAGCUUCAAUAUGUUGUCGCUCAUGAUCCACCGCAAGGGCUUGACGUAUUUGCAUCUUGAUUACAAUCUCAACUUGAAGCCAGUCAAGACAUUAACGACAAAGGAGCGGAAGAAGUCUCGUUUCGGAAACGCUUUCCACCUUGUCCGUGAGCUGGGUCGCCUGACCAAAUUGGUCGUCGACAUGCACGUCAUGUUCCGACUAGGAAAUGUCGAUGCUUUCCAGCUCGCCGAUGCUCUGCAAUUCACUUUCAACCACGUCGGACAGCUGACCGGUGCUUACCGAUACAAGUACCGCAUCAUGCGUCAGAUUCGAGCGUGCAAGGACCUCAAGCACGUGAUCUAUCAUCGCUUCAACAGUGGACCGGUCGGAAAGGGGCCUGGCGUUGGCUUCUGGGCACCUUCUUGGCGCGUGUGGAUGUACUUUAUGAGAGGCAUCACGCCCUUGCUCGAGCGAUGGCUCGGCAAUCUGCUCGCACGUCAGUUCGAGGGGCGCAACAAUCGCAACAAGAGCGCGACCAUCACGAAACAAAGAGUCGAGUCUCACUUCGACUUGGAAUUGCGUGCGGCCGUCAUGCACGAUAUUCUGGACUCCGCGCCCGAGGGCUUAAGGCAAAACAAAGCCAAGACAAUCAUGUCCCAUCUCAACGAAGCUUGGAGAUGCUGGAAAGCCAACGUUCCCUGGAAAGUGCCCGGCAUGCCCGUCGCUAUCGAGAAUAUGAUUUUGCGCUACAUCAAGAACAAGAGCGAUUGGUGGACCUCUGUGGCUCAUUACAACCGCGAGCGUAUUCGUCGAGGCGCUACGGUAGACAAGACGGUUGCCCGAAAGAACCUCGGUCGUCUCACUCGUCUCUACCUCAAGGCUGAGCAAGAACGUCAGAACUCGUAUCUCAAGGAUGGACCGUACAUCACCUCGGAGGCUGCCGUCGCUGUGUACACUUCCACCGUGCACUGGCUCGAAUCCCGUCGAUUCCAGCCCAUCCCUUUCCCCUCUCUUAACUUCAAGCAUGACACCAAGCUGCUCGUGCUGGCUUUAGAAAAGCUAAAGGAGGCCUACAGUGUCAAGGGUCGCCUUAACCAAAGUCAGCGAGAAGAAUUGGCCCUGGUGGAACAGGCCUUCGAUAACCCGCACGAAACUCUCGCGCGCAUUAAGCGAUUGAUGCUAACGCAGCGUGCGUUCAAGGAAGUUGGUCUGGAAUUCUUUGACACCUACGAAAAACUCAUUCCUACGUAUGAUAUCGAGCCCAUCGAGAAGAUCACUGAUGCGUAUCUUGACCAGUACCUGUCCUACGAGGCGGACAAGCGGCAGCUCUUCCCGGCAUGGAUUAAGCCGAGCGAUCAAGAGCCUCCGCCUUUAUUAGUGUACAAGUGGUGCAACGGCAUCAACAAUCUGGAGAACAUUUGGGAGACGAGCAAUGGGGAGUGCAAUGUGCUCAUGGAGACGACGCUGAGCAGGGUGUAUGAGAAGAUCGACUUGACGCUCCUCAACCGUCUUUUGCGUCUCAUCAUGGACUCCAACUUGGCCGACUACAUCACGGCGAAGAACAACGUCUCCAUCGUUUUCAAGGACAUGGCGCACGUCAAUGCGUACGGCUUGAUCCGCGGACUCCAAUUUUCCGGUUUCGUCUUCCAGUACUGGGGCCUGGUUCUUGACUUACUGAUUCUGGGUCUGCAGCGUUCUUCAGAAAUGGCCGGUCCUCCUCAGAUGCCCAACGGCUUCUUGCAAUUCCGUGAUACUCAGUCCGAGACACGUCAUCCCAUCAGGAUGUAUACCCGAUAUGUCGACCGCAUUCAUAUGCUCUUACGUUUCGAUGCAGACGAGAGUCGAGAUCUCAUUCAGCGCUUCCUCAGUGCGAACCCAGAUCCGAACAACACCAACUUGAUCGGCUACAACAACCGCAAGUGCUGGCCUCGCGACUGCCGUAUGCGUCUCAUCAAGCACGAUGUCAACCUUGGACGCGCCGUAUUUUGGGACAUCAAGAACCGCUUGCCUCGCGCUCUUACCACCAUCGAGUGGGAUGACACUUUUGCGAGCGUAUACUCCAAAGACAAUCCCAAUUUGCUGUUCAGCAUGCAAGGUUUCGAGGUCCGCAUUUUGCCCAAGAUUCGCACCAACGAUGUGCACGAGGAUCGGGAGGGAGUCUGGAGCCUUGUUCACAAUGCUACUGGCGAACGUACUAGUCAAGCAUUCAUUCGCGUGUCGGAAGAAGGCAUCAAGCAUUUCGAAAACAGAGUUCGCCAGGUGCUCAUGGCUGCUGGUGCGACCACGUUCCAAAAGAUCGCCAACAAGUGGAACACCCUCAUCAUUGGUCUGGUGACGUACUACAGAGAAGCGGUCAUCUCUACUACAGAGCUUCUGGAUCUCAUCGUCAAGGCCGAGAAUAAGACGCAGACGCGUGUCAAGAUGGGUCUGAAUUCGAAGAUGCCUUCGAGAUUCCCACCUGCGGUCUUCUACUCGCCCACGGAAGUGGGGGGUCUCGGCAUGCUCUCUUGCAGUCAUAUCCUCAUCCCUGCAUCCGAUCUGCGCUGGUCUAAACAGACAGAGACGGGCAUCAGCCACUUCCGCGCUGGUGCGCAGACUGGGGGCCUCCAGAAUGAAGCUGCGAUCAUCCCAACGCUGUUCAGAUACGUCGUACCUUGGGAGGCCGAAUUCACAGACUCGGCCAGAGUGUGGGCUGAGUACGCCCAGAAGCGCAAGGAAGCGGCGGCUCAGAACAGACGACUGACGCUCGAAGAUUUGGAAACGUCGUUUGACCGCGGUCUACCGAGAAUCAAUACGCUGUUCCAACGCGACCGCACGAUUCUGUCGUACGACAAGUUCUGGAGAUUGCGCACGCACUUUACUCAGUACCAGCUGCUCAAGUAUCAGCCCUUCUGGUGGACCAAUCAGCGUCACGAUGGAAAGCUUUGGUCGCUCAACAAUUACCGUGUAGAUGUUAUCGCCGCGCUAGGAGGUGUCGAGGGUAUCCUGGAACACACGCUCUUCGCCGCAACAGCAUUCCCUACUUGGGAGGGUCUCUUCUGGGAGAAGGCUAGCGGUUUUGAGGAGUCGAUGAAGAGCAAGAAGCUCACAAAUGCUCAGCGCUCUGGUCUCAACCAAAUUCCCAACCGUCGCUUCACUCUCUGGUGGUCGCCGACCCUGAACCGCGCAAACGUUUAUGUCGGUUUCCAGGUGCAGCUCGAUCUCACUGGCAUCUUCAUGCACGGCAAGCUGCCGACGUUGAAGAUCAGCUAUAUUCAAAUCUUCCGCGCGCAUUUGUGGCAGAAGAUUCACGAGUCGGUGGUGAUGGAUCUGUGCCAAGUCUUUGACCAUGAGCUGGAAGCUCUGCAGAUCGAGACGGUGCAAAAGGAAACGAUCCAUCCCAGAAAGUCCUACAAGAUGAACUCGAGCUGUGCGGACGUCCUUUUGUUCGCUAGCUACAAGUGGCCAAUGAGCAGGCCUUCGCUGCUCACGGAUUCCCGUGAUGUGUUGGACGGCAGCAGCAGCAACAAGUGGUGGCUCGACGUUCAGCUUCGCUGGGGUGACUUUGACUCGCACGACGUCGAACGCUAUGCUCGAGCUAAAUUUUUGGACUACUCGACGGACAGCACCUCUAUCUACCCCUCGCCUACCGGUGCUCUGAUUGCCAUCGACCUUGCAUACACCAUGCACAGUGCGUACGGCAACUGGUUCCCCGGCUCAAAGCCGCUGAUACAACAGGCCAUGGCGAAGAUCAUGAAGGCAAAUCCGGCGCUGCAUGUGCUGCGUGAACGCAUUCGCAAAGGUCUUCAGCUGUACAGCUCCGAGCCCACGGAGCCUUACCUCAAUUCUGGGAACUAUUCGGAGCUGUUUGGAAAUGCUGUCAUCUGGAUGGUGGAUGACACAAACGUAUAUCGUGUGACCAUCCACCGAACCUUUGAGGGCAACUUGGUCACCAAACCGAUCAACGGCGCCAUCUUUAUCCUGAACCCGCGCACUGGUCAGGUAUUUUUGAAGAUCAUCCACACCUCGGUCUGGGCUGGACAAAAGCGUUUGGGUCAGCUGGCCAAAUGGAAAACGGCAGAAGAAGUUGCUGCGCUCAUUCGAUCGCUGCCCAUUGAAGAGCAGCCGAAGCAAGUCAUCGUUAGCCGUAAAGGUCUUCUCGACCCUCUGGAAGUGCAUCUGCUCGACUUCCCCAACAUCGUCAUUCGUGGUGCGGAGCUCAAUGUGCCUUGGAACGCUGUGCUCAAGCUGGAGAAGUUUGGUGAUCUGGUGUUGAAGGCGACGCAACCGCAGAUGAUCUUGAUGAAUCUGUACGACAAUUGGCUCACGUCCAUCUCGAGCUACACUGCCUUUUCCCGCGUCCUUUUGCUCCUCCGAGCCAUCCAUGUCAACCAGGAGAAAGCCAAGAUCGUGCUUCGUCCAAACGUCAGCGUCACUACAGAGCCUCACCACAUUUGGCCAAGCCUGUCGGACGAGGAAUGGAUCAAGGUCGAGAUUCAGCUGCGUGAUUUGAUCCUUGCAGACUACGGGAAGAGGAACUCGGUCAAUGUCGCAUCCCUCACCUCGAGCGAAAUUCGUGACAUCCUUCUUGGACAAGAAAUUCAAGCGCCCAGUGUGCAGCGUCAACAAAUGCAAGAGCUCGAGCAAGGCGCUCAGGCCUCGGCACAGGUCACAGCAACCCAGACCAAGACCGCCAACGUGCACGGUGACGAGCUUACCGUGACCACGACCACGGCGUAUGGCAACACUGCAUUCAGCUCCAAAUCAGACUGGCGUGUUCGCGCCCUUAGUGCCACCAACUUGCCACUCAGAUGCCAGCACUUGUAUGUCUCCAACGACGAUGUGCAGGAGGAUGCAGGUGCAUUGACGUAUGUUCUGCCCAAGAACCUCAUCAAGACUUUCAUCGUCAAUUCCGAUUUGCGCACUCAAGUCGCCGGAUACAUGUACGGCAGCUCCCCGUCCGACGCGCCAUCCGUCAAAGAGGUGAAAGUCAUUGUCUGGUUGCCACAACGUGGCAGCAACAAUGGUGUCGAGCUUCCGAACGAGCUGCCUCAGCAUGACUACAUGCUGAAGGAUCUGGAGCCGCUUGGAUGGAUCAAGACGCAAUCGGCCGACUCGAACUUUAUGGCUCCCGAGGAUGUCAUCACGCAUGCUCGGACCAUGGCAGCUCACGAAAGCUGGGGCGCUAGCAGCGUGUGCAUCUCUUGUGCCUUCACGCCUGGUAGUGUCAGCAUUUCAGCUUACAGCCUGAGCGUCGCCGGUUUCGAGUGGGGCCGCAAAUUGAGUGCCAUGGAUGCGUCGGGCAACCCUCAAGGAUUUGACCGCUCUUUCGGCGAACGACAACAGCUCUUGCUGUCUGACCGCAUCCUUGGAACCACACUCAUGCCGGCCGGACCGAACGCGCCUUGGAAUUACGGACUCAGCCUAAGUGCCCAGUUCGCACCGUCCAUGAAGACCACGUACGAGCUCAACACUAUUCCCUCGUUCUGGGAUGAGAGGCAUCGCCCUCAGAAUUUCCUGAACUUCACGGAUGCCGCUAUGGAAGUUGGAGACGAAGAGGGAGUCGACGCUGAAAAUGCCUUCGCUUGAUUAUGGUGGAAUUGGCUCAUUUGACGUUACUUGCUGGACCCAGUUCAUGAAUGCGAGUAGGUGACAAGGACCUGUACGGUUACACAACAAAGCAAGGUGUUGCGCGGGACUUUUGCCUGAAAGUAAAGUUCGACGUUCACUCCCACAACCAGCUGAUGGCGCGUUUCCAACCUCUAGCCACGUUUUCGUCGUCCCCGUUGAAUUCUUGAAUCUCGU